UCUUUCUGUUCAUAUUUUGAUAUCAAAACAAUGUUUGAUGAAUAAAAAAAUAUUAAUAAUAAAAUAAAUGCAGAGGCUAAACUGUUAAAUACCCGGAACAUCGUAAGGCUGGUAUUUAUUUCACAGUGCACAUCUCAUAUUGAUGUCCACGGAUUUAAGGAUUUGCUGAAGGGAAGCCACAAAGUCAUGACACAGAUGAAAUUCUAAAUUUUCAAGAUCAAAGAUGGCACAUAGGGUGCUGACUUGUGGAUGUAACAUAUUCAAAAGGUGGAAAGGAAUUCUACUUAAUGCUCAACGUUCCUUUAGUUCAGAUGUUCCACAUGAUGUAGAGCAACGUCGUCCUCGUUAUGGCCCAGGUGAUAUUACUCAAACCCAUAUCUCUAAACAGUUGGUACUGCGAAGUUUGAAUUAUUCCGAUGCACAUAAAAGGAAACUUGUACUUUUGUUUGACUGGCUGUAUGCCAAGCCAGCCGCUGUAGAAAAAUACUGUAACCUGUAUCAUGACCAAGGGCUAGAUGUCCUCACUAUAAAAGGACGACUGGUACAUUUCCUUUGGCCACCUGUGGGAUAUAAACUCGCAAAAAAUAUACUCCAGUUUGUUUUUCAAGAUAGCAGACAUGAAGUCCUUGUCCAUGCCUUCUCCAUAGGCGCAUACAUCUAUGCUCUGUGUCUGAUGUUGUCAAGACGUGAACCAGAUGCAUUUGGAGCUUUUCGGGAAAGGGUCAAAGGUCAAGUCUUUGACAGUAUUGUCAUUGGAUCCUAUGACCACAUGUCGACAGGGAUAGCAGUGGCACUACCAGGAACCAACACUAUGAAGAAACCUAUUCUACAUAUGAUGGACGUCUACUUUAAUAGGACCAAGGAAACGACUCGUGAUGAGUAUGAUAAACUGGUUGAUCUGUUCACGACGGACCCUGUUGUUGUUCCAACCCAGUUGUUCUACAGCUAUGGUGACCCAAUGUGUUACGUCCCAGCCAUAGAACAGAUGAUUACAGGCUGGCAGCGUGACAUUCCAGACUUUGAUGUAACUAGUAAAUGUUGGGAGAAGUCGGUGCAUGCUGCUCACAUGAAGUUUCACGAAGAGGAAUAUUUGAUUAAAUGGCAAGAGUGGCUGGAUAAGAUCGACCUAACCGCAGACGAUGAAUAUGUUAGUUUAUAAAAACAAUGGACAUGUCCAUACAUGUGGUUUUGGAAACGGAAACCGUUGGUAAUUGGGCAGUAAUUAUGCAAUGUCUUAAAGACAUGCUACACAACUGACAGGGUGUACACUGUAUCACAAAAAUGUAGAAAAUUACACCUGUUGUAUAGAAAAACUGUAUAUCUUAUUUACACCAAUGAAUUAAAAUGAUAAUGAGUCUUAAAAAUUAUUGUGUAUAAGAGUAAAAAAGAAUUUCUUUGGGUACAUUAGCAGUCUAUUCUUGAUUUGGAUCAAUCAUGAUUGGUGUUUGUCGAAGAUGUAGCACCUGUAUUGGUUAAAAAAGUUUUGGGUCUGUGUAGUAAUUAAGGAAACGGGUUUCUUUCUUCUAUAAAUUAUUUUCCUGUCUUCUGUCAGUGACGUUAGUAGCUGUAGUUUCCUCCGAUGAGUCAGUAAAAGCCUGGUAACUUUUCAAAACAUACCUGUAUUUGAUUUAUUCAAAAUCUGGUUUUCCAAAACUAUUAAACUGUUGUUGAUUGAUCUACUAGUGAAUUUACGUAUGAAUUAACAAUGUGUAGAUGUUGAAUUUGCAGGCCAGUCCUCUUUGUGUGAAACAGGUUUCAUUUUGUUAUACAAAGUAUAAUUGUUGUUGUUUUAUAGUGGAUAUUUUACUUUAAAUAUAUUUGAUACACAACUAAUAUAACACCAUUGUGUUAGAAUUGAGAUCUCUAUAAUUAUGUUUUUCAGUCAAAUUAAUAUGUUUUCAUACUAAAGUGUUCCCUUCGGAUCCGUUGUACAUUCCAUGUCCAUCUAAGUAACAUUAUUUUGCCGUUGGUUUAAGAUAAUUUUCCAGCUUCAUCAGAAAUUAAGCCAUCCCAGUCUGAUGGGCAAGAAUACAAGAAACACAAAACUUGAAAAACCAUCAGAAAUGUUUUCUUUUUAUUGUUUGUUAGAGAAAUAAAAAGAAUGAGCCAAACAUAUUGUGUUUAUUUUAUUUGUUUGUAUAUGAAACAAUUUGUUCACUUGAAGCAAUCAGAAGAUAAGAGAAAAGGGUUGUCAAGGUUAUUUUCCCCUACAGGCACUAGGUCCUUUGAAUGCUGUUGCUAGGAUAUAUUUACAUGUGAAAGUCUUAUACCUUGACUUACAAAAAAGUGUGAUCACAUUAAUCUAUAUAUUGUAUAUGAUAGACUAAAUCGUACUUUUUCAAACUCAGACUUCUAAGUCAAAACAUCAAGCCAACAUUAUAUCCCAAAACUUAAGUUCCAGUGACUUAAAAACAAAAAAUGUACAAGGCUUCUUUAACUUCAAUUCUUCCUAAAGAAAUAGAUGUUUUAAAGAAUACUGAACAGUUCACGUGCACUGGAACACUAAAGUGUAAACAGAAGUGUAAAUGAAGAAAUUUACAGGUACGUCAAUUUGCUAUUCGACGAGAUAUCCCAUGUGAUUUCCAAUCGGAAAGUCUUUUUUUUUUUAAACUUGACAAAAAUAUUCUGCAUAACUUCCUAAACAUUAGCAAUAUACUUUCCGAUGAGAAGCCUUAUUUUUUGCAAAACUGGAAUCGGACCACCAUUGGAAAUAAAAAUAUUUUGAUUCCUGGUAAUUCGAUAAUUUCACUUCCUUACUACCCGGUAUCAGAUAUACAUCAUGUAUGUGUACUAUUUUAUAGCGAUAGACCAAUGAUAAAAAAUAAAUGAUAAAUUUAUCACUGGAAAAUAGAAAUUAAACCAAUUUAAGUCAAAAUUAUAAGAUAUAAGGCCUUUUCCUGUCUUGAAAAACAAAAAUAAACUUUUUUUGAGGUAAUUUCUGGACUAGAAUGGCUGUUUUCUAGUUAAGAUGUACAGGUAUUUGUAUUCAGUAUUAAAUAA